UGUUUCAUGGGAAUUUCAGGGAUUUCAGUUACCUACUACAAAUUACAAUACUUGUAAAUUCACAAAACAAUAAGAUAUAAUUAUUCCCUUUAAGUCCAAGACAAAUCAAAUUACAAUUUGUUAUUAAAAUGAAAAAAGAAAUGAUGCAGCAGUAUUCAGUUACCGUUUUCUUCUGUUUGUUGUCCUUAGCGGCUUCUUUAGAUUAUGAUGGCUGGCUUAAUGUUAAAAUUGAACAUGCACUCCAUUGCAAUGGUAACAAGUUUUGCUCCAGAGGAAAUAUUUCAUUAAAAAGUCUAAGGGCUGGAGUAGCUACCAUUGAUCAAAUACAAUUCAAUAAGCAACAUAUCACAGAGCUUAAGGAGUUGGCUGCAAGUGACGAUUUUUACACUAUGAGAACUUUAGUUACAUCCGCUGAUACCAAAGAAACUGAAUUUUUUUCAUCUGUAAAAGCAGCUGCAUUUUUAGAGAGUGGUUUGUCAGAUUUGAUCAGUGUCUGGGUUUUACCAUGUGGUGAAGUGAUUGCUGUUAACUUCCAAGUAGCUAAUUCAUCAAAAACAGACACACAAUAUCGAAGCCCUACCUAUGAUAUUAAUUCCAAGUUCUACCUCCGUCAAGUGGACCAAGCCCCAGUCCCUGACACUGCAUCUUAUAUACAAAAGUUGGAGAGAGAGCGAGAGGCAAGAGAAAAGGGUGAAUUCAAGGAUAACAGAUCAUUCUUAGCAAAAUAUUGGAUGUACAUUGUCCCCAUUGCCAUUUUCGUCAUGAUAUCUGGAGCUGCAAAUCCUGAAGCAGCGCAAGGAGCAAGAUAAAGUACACAGGACAUGCAUUUUCGAUAGCAAAAUAUUACAUUUAAAUGUAGAAAUAAAAAAGCGUAAUAAA